AUGAGAGAAAUCAUCAGUGUCCACGUUGGUCAGGCCGGUAUUCAAAUAGGUAAUGCCUGCUGGGAACUUUACUGCAUGGAACACGGUAUCCAAUCCGAUGGUCGCAUUCCCAAUGAAGAAGCCGCUACCGACCACUCUUUCGCUACCUUCUUCAGCGAAACUAGCUCUGGAAAGCACGUGCCUCGUACCGUGUUUGUCGAUUUAGAACCCACCGUGGUUGACGAGGUUCGCACCGGCACCUACCGUCAGUUGUUCCACCCAGAGCAACUUAUCACCGGAAAGGAAGAUGCUGCCAACAACUAUGCUCGUGGUCAUUACACCGUCGGCAAGGAACUCGUUGAUACUGUCCUUGAUCGCGUUCGCAAGUUGGCUGAUAACUGCUCCGGUCUUCAAGGUUUCCUUGUUUUCCACUCCUUCGGUGGUGGUACCGGUUCCGGCUUUGGUGCGCUUUUGAUGGAACGUUUGUCUGUUGACUAUGGCAAGAAGUCGAAGCUUGAGUUCUCUGUUUACCCCGCUCCUCAAGUUUCGACUGCUGUGGUGGAGCCAUAUAACUCGAUCUUGACUACCCAUACCACCUUGGAACAUUCUGAUGUCUCCUUCAUGGUCGAUAACGAGGCCAUCUAUGAUAUCUGCCGUCGCAACCUUGAUAUCGAACGUCCUACUUACAAGAACUUGAACCGUCUUAUUGCUCAGGUCGUGUCCUCCAUUACCGCGUCGCUUCGCUUCGAUGGUUCCUUGAACGUCGAUUUGAACGAAUUCCAGACCAACUUGGUGCCCUAUCCCCGUAUUCACUUCCCUCUCGUGACUUAUGCCCCUAUCAUUUCCUCUGCCAAAGCUCAUCACGAACAGAUGUCUGUGCCUGAAAUCACUUACUCUUGCUUCGAGCCCAACAACCAGAUGGUCAAGUGUGAUCCCCGUCACGGCAAGUACAUGGCUUGCUGUCUCUUAUACCGUGGUGAUGUUGUACCUAAGGAUACCAAUGCUGCUAUUGCUACUAUCAAGACCAAGCGUACCAUUCAAUUCGUCGACUGGUGUCCUACCGGUUUCAAGGUCGGUAUCAACCAUCAGCCCCCUACUGUCGUUCCUGGCGGCGAUCUUGCCAAGGUCCAGCGUGCUGUUUGUAUGUUGAGCAACACCACUGCCAUUGCUGAAGCUUGGGCUCGUCUUGAUCACAAGUUCGACUUGAUGUACGCCAAGCGUGCCUUCGUUCACUGGUACGUCGGUGAAGGUAUGGAAGAAGGUGAAUUCUCUGAGGCUCGUGAGGAUUUGGCCGCUCUCGAGAAGGAUUACGAAGAAGUUGGUUCCGACUCCUUGGGUGAUUCCGAGAUCGAUGACGAUGCUGAAUAUUAA